AUGUAUCUGAGACUUGACCAUCGAUUCAACAUUAGGUUGACCGUCCAUACUGAGAAGAUAGUGACUACGUCUUCAGCCUUUGACCUCAUCAUUAGCUCGACCCUCCACACUCAUGAUAUGGUGCCCACAUCUUCAGCCUUUGACCUAGAUAUUAGCUCGACCCUCCACACUCAGGAGAUGGUACCUACAUCUUCAGCCUUUGACCUAUAUAUUAGCUCAACCGUCCACACUCAGGAGAUGAUACCUACAUCGUCAGCCUUUGACCUCAUCAUUAGCUCGACCCUCCACACUCGGGAGAUGGUACCUACAUCUUCAGCCUUUGACCUAUUUAUUAGCUCAACCCUACACACUCAGGAGAUGGUACCUACAUCUUUAGCCUUUGACCUCAUCAUUAGCUCGCCCCUCCACACUCGGGAGAUGGUACCUCCAUCUUCAGCCUUUGACCUAUUUAUUAGCUCAACCCUCCACACUCAGGAGAUGGUACAUACAUCUUCAGCCUUUGACCUAUAUAUUAGCUCAACCGUCCACACUCAGGAGAUGGUACCUACAUCGUCAGCCUUUGACCUCAUCAUUAGCUCGCCCCUCCACACUCGGGAGAUGGUACCUACAUCUUCAGCCUUUGACAUCUUCAUUAGCUCGACCCUCCACACUCAGGAGAUGGUACAUACAUCUUCAGCCUUUGACCUCGUCAUUAGCCCGACCCUUCACACUCAAGAGAUUGUACCUACAUCUUCAGCCUUUGAACUCAUCAUAAGCCCGACCCUCCACACGCAGGAGAUGGUACCUACAUCUUCAGCCUUUGAACUCAUCAUAAGCCCGACCCUCCACACGCAGGAGAUGGUACCUACAUCUUCAGCCUUUGAACUCAUCAUAAGCCCGACCCUCCACACGCAGGAGAUGGUACCUACAUCUUCAGCCUUUGACCUCAUCAUUUGCUCGACCCUCCCGCUCGACCCCGACCCCUAUUAUUUUAUCAUCAUAGCUGCAACACUAGACUCAAAUCCAUUGAAUGUUCAAUUGAAAACUGAAAAGCAAUCAGAUGCAUAG